GCUCAGUUGGGAGGCGUGUGCACACAGUCCGCUCCGGGGCGGCAUGGCGGCGGCGGCAGCUGGGAGCGGGACGCCCCGGGAGGAGGAGGGAUCCGGAGGGGAGUCAGCGGCCUCACAGCCCCAACCCCCAGCGAAUGCGCCCGGGGCUCGUCUUUCCAGGCUGCCCCUGGCGCGAGUGAAGGCCUUGGUGAAGGCGGACCCCGACGUGACGCUAGCGGGCCAGGAAGCCAUCUUCAUUCUGGCGCGAGCUGCGGAGCUGUUUGUGGAGACCAUCGCGAAAGAUGCCUAUUGCUGUGCUCAACAGGGAAAGAGGAAAACCCUCCAGAGGAGAGAUUUGGAUAAUGCUAUAGAAGCUGUGGAUGAAUUUGCCUUUUUGGAAGGUACUUUGGAUUGAUUGCUGAGCUGGGCAGUUUUUUGAGCCUUCACUUCAUUCUUCAGCUCAUCCCUUUCUGCAGGCCUCAGCUCUGAAGAACAGAGUCUGCAUAGCUAUACAGUGUUCUGUUCUAUGUUUAUCUAACCUGGGAUAAGCAGAGAUCUCAGCGGAUAGCUUUCUCCACAAGGUCUUCCAGUACUUGUGUCUGUCUUCCACUUCAGGCCUGGAUGCAGCAUGGGGUAGAGAUGAAGAAACUGUUUUGUUAAGUGUCCUAAUGAAUGAUGAAGACCAGAAUAAAGGUCUUUGAUCAAAUUCA